ACAUGACCAAGCACUGAUAUAGCAAACCGCAGUCUUUGACAACCGUUGAAGAGUCAUACUCGAAGUUGCCCGUCGAGAAUUUUCACAUCCAUUUAAGGAACACCAAAACCAACUACUUUCAUCAUAAGACACAUGUGAAGGUGCUUAAAAUGUACAAGUUUUUGUUUGCAAUAUUUUAAGGUGCUUUGGAGAUAAAGAAGUUCUUUUUUAUGAGUGAUGUAUGUCAAAAAAUAUUGGUAGAACAAUCUUUUGAAUAUUUUCCAAAUGCGAAAAUUGCUUUUUUAAGCGUCUGCAGGUACCUUUUAUGAUAAAAGUAGUUGGUUUUAAUAUUUUCUAAAUGAACAAGAAAACAUUCGAAUGGGAACCACGAUGAUAGCAUUUAAACGCGUUUUCUGAAAUUCUCGUUUGCUUCGGUGGUUAUGUGCCUGGGAACUAAAGAAGAAAUCUUGACCCGACUCCACACACACCCUUGCUCCAGAAUCAUGUAUUCUUUCUGUUUUCAUGGUUUUUCAAAAAAUAAAUCGUUGAAAUACUUCAAUAAUACUAUAAUUAUACUGCUUUUUCUCUUGCAUCUAUUGAGUUUUUUAUGUCAUAUCAACAAUUAGCAGAAAGAAAAGAUCUUUAAUCAUAAUAUAUUGAUUGUGUAUUUCUAGUCAUAUUGAUAAACUUAGAAAUAGUUUGUAGUAACUGGAAGUACUUGAAAGUGACUCACAUUCAUUUCAAGUACAAAAUUAUGCUUUUUCCUCCAACGAUAUGUUUCUCGAUGAAAGGAUAGCUGAGAGAAGUUUGUUCAAAAUAUUGCAAAACUUGCUAAAGCAAUGUACUGGGCUAAUCAGAAACUCAAGUCAUAUGUUAUGACAAUGCUAAUCAAUUAAUGAUUUUAUUGUCGAUUUGAAUUUGUUAUUCAAUCGGACGGAUAAUUUAUAAAACUUGCCGUUUAGUCAGAAAUCAAAAUUAUCAAUAAGCAGUUUACUUAGUUUCUUUUGAUACUUCACCAAAAAUUGAACUAACGUACGAUGCAAAAGUAACGGCACAAAUGUCAGUCUUUAAUUUUUUUUCAUAGACACAAUUCUGGAAAGAAAAUGUUUUCAACAGUCGAUAGGAAAUUUUCUUCUUGUUCGAACCAUAAAUAAUUUAUAUUGGUCACACAUUCAUAAAUGACAUAACACGAGAAAAAAAGAAAAACACUUGCACCAUAGAUUCGUAAUCCUUAUAUGAACUCGUCAAAAACAUCUUGUUAAACGAUAUUAAUUGUAAUUAAUUAUCGUCUGCACGAUGUUUUUGACGAAUUCAGAUAAAAUUUGUCAAUGUAUUGCGCAAGUGUUUCUCUUUUUUUCUCGUCUCGUUUCACUUAACAAUGUGUAACAAAUAUGAAUCGUGCACUAUUUGAAAGAAGAGAAAAUUCUCUAUCAACUGACAAAAAAAUAUUCUUUUUAGAAGCUGUUUAUCGAAGCGACAUAAGAUUUGAUAUUUUAUGCAAUUAUUUUAUAUGAAAGCGCGGAUUUCUUGUAAAGAUGCUUCUCUUUUCUGUUGUGUUAUUUCAUUUAUGAACGUAUUAUAAAAAUAAGUUAUAUACGAUUCGAAAGAGGAGAAAAAGCUCUAUUAUUCAGUAGAAAGGGUUUUCUUCCAGCAGCCUUUUGUCGAAGAGAAAUAGGAUCGAUAUUUUGUAUCAUUAAUUUUGCAUCAUACUUUAUUUGUAGUCAUCCUAUAACCAAAAUAAAUAAUUUUAAUCUGACUUUUUUCCUUUUCCUAUUUUUACACAUGCUUGGUGAUUGUAACGAAAAAGAAUACCAUUCUUAAAGAGUUUAUUGAACAGAAAAUAGAUGUUCGUUCUUUUCAGCUCAAUCAAACGGUCACCACGAUACCAGAUGGCAACAGAGAGGUGUUACCAUCGCUGGGGGUCAUGGCGAAGGCAAUGCACUCAAUCAACUGAAGCACCCGCAUGGUCUCUUUGUGGAUAAUGAUCGAACUGUUUAUAUUGCUGAUUUUAGAAAUCACCGUAUUGUAGAAUGGAAGAAUGAUGCAAAUAGUGGUCAAGUAGUGGCAGGUGGAAAAGGAGAAGGAAAUAAAAUAGACCAGUUAAAAUAUUCAACAGAUGUGAUUGUUGACAAAGAGACAGACAGUGUCAUCGUUUGUGAUCGAGAUAAUCGACGAGUGAUGCGAUGGCCUCGUCGAAGUGGCAAAAGAAAACCAGAAACAAUCAUCACGAAUAUCUCUUGUUACGGAUUAACAAUGGAUGAUCAGAGAUUUCUCUAUGUCUCUGACAUUGAAAAUCAUUCUGUGAAACGAUAUAAGUUGGGAGAGACGAAUGGAACAGUAGUGGCGGGUGGUAAUGGAAAAGGUAAUGCUCUCAAUCAGCUCAAUUUCCCUAUUUAUCUUUACGUCGAUCGAGAUCAGUCAUUAUACGUAUCGGACACCCAGAAUCAUCGUGUGAUGAGGUGGGCGAAAGAUGCGAAAGAAGGAACUGUUGUGGCUGGUGGUCAAGAUCGCGGUGAUAAACUAACCCAGUUAUCUCAUCCUCAAGGAGUAUGCGUCGAUCAUUUGAGCACAGUCUAUGUAGCAGAUGGAGGUAAUCAUCGAGUGAUGCGUUGGCAUACAGGAGUCACACAAGGUGAUGUCAUUAUUGGCGGAGAAGGUGUAGGAACAGAAGCAAACCAGUUGAAUUGCCCUGGUGGUUUGUCAUUAGAUCAACAUGGAAAUAUUUAUGUUGUUGAUUACAACAACCAUCGAGUACAACGGUUCUCAAUUGAAACGGCGAAUUAG